CCUGCAUCGAGAACUGGGAGAUUCGAUGCAUGAAAACUAUGAACGAAUGAAAGCCCUAGUAACUGAACUCCAGGAGCUUGCAGAAAAGAUCAGAUUAGGGGGUGGAGAAAAGGCACGAACGCUUCAUACAUCAAGAGGAAAGCUGUUACCCAGAGAGAGAAUUGACAGACUCAUAGAUCCAGGGUCUCCAUUCUUGGAGUUCUCCCAGUUUGCAGGUUACCAGUUGUAUGGUAAUGAAGAGGUACCGGCAGGAGGCAUUAUCACAGGCAUCGGACGGGUGUCAGGAGUGGAGUGUUUAAUUGUUGCUAAUGAUGCAACUGUCAAGGGUGGUACCUACUAUCCAAUCACAGUGAAGAAACAUUUACGAGCUCAAGAAAUUGCAAUGCAAAAUCAUCUCCCUUGUUUAUAUUUAGUUGACUCAGGAGGAGCAAACUUACCCCGCCAAGCUGAAGUAUUUCCAGAUCGAGAUCACUUUGGUCGCAUUUUUUAUAAUCAAGCACGCAUGUCCUCACAAAGAAUUCCACAGAUAGCAGUGGUAAUGGGAUCUUGUACAGCGGGAGGAGCAUAUGUACCUGCAAUGGCUGAUGAAAGUAUUAUAGUUGGCAAACAGGGAACAAUUUUCUUGGGUGGCCCUCCAUUGGUUAAAGCAGCAACUGGUGAGACAGUAUCAGCAGAGGAUCUUGGAGGGGCUGAUCUUCACUGCCGAAAGUCUGGUGUAACUGAUCACUAUGCUUUGGAUGACAAUCAUGCACUUCAUCUAGCUAGGAAAGUUGUGCGGAGUUUAAAUUACCAAAAGAAAUUAGAUGUGACUGUAGAACCUCCAGAGGAGCCUAUUUAUCCUGCUGAUGAAUUAUAUGGAAUUGUUGGGGAUCAGCUUAAAAGAAACUUUGAUGUCAAAGAGGUCAUUGCUAGAAUUGUAGAUGGAAGUAAAUUUGAUGAAUUCAAAGCCUUAUAUGGAGAUACGUUAAUCACAGGAUUUGCUAGAAUAUUUGGUUACCCGGUAGGAAUUAUUGGAAACAACGGAGUCUUAUUCUCUGAGUCAGCAAAGAAGGGAACUCAUUUUAUUCAAUUAUGUUGCCAAAGAAAUAUUCCCAUUGUAUUUUUGCAAAACAUAACUGGUUUCAUGGUUGGUAGAGAUUAUGAAGCUGGAGGAAUAGCAAAGGAUGGAGCCAAGAUGGUAACUGCUGUAGCCUGUGCCAGUGUACCUAAAAUAACAGUAAUUAUUGGAGGAUCAUAUGGUGCUGGAAACUAUGGCAUGUGUGGAAGGGCAUAUAGUCCAAGGUUUCUUUAUAUGUGGCCAAAUGCUCGUAUCUCAGUGAUGGGAGGAGAACAAGCUGCAACUGUCCUGGCCACAGUAGCUAAGGACCAGAAAGCAAGGGAGGGGAAACAGUUAUCUGAGGCAGAUGAAGCAGCUUUGAAGGAGCCAAUCAUUAGGAGGUUUGAAGAGGAGGGAAACCCUUAUUAUUCUAGUGCAAGGUUAUGGGAUGAUGGAAUUAUUGACCCAGCUAAUACAAGACUUGUUUUAGGCCUGAGUCUCAGUGCAGCACUAAAUGCACCUACCAAGAGGACAGAAUUUGGAGUUUUCAGGAUGUGAUCUAAAUGGCUUUUCAGAACAUCCUGGUACAUUUUUAAUCAGAUAAAGAUCAAAUAUACACAAUUUAUUCUGAAAAGUUUAUAACAAUUUUCACACCAUGCUUGAGUAUUUUUAGUAUAAUCUGGGAUUGUGCAUACAUUAUGUCUGUAAUACUGAAUCUUGCAUUUGGAUGAAUAAAUUGUAACCAACAGCAUUAAAUUAGAUCUGUUUGUUAGAGAAGCACUGCCAUAAUAUCUUUUAACUAUUAAAAUUAUGUCCAUGAAAUGA